CUCCACGGCUGCACGCUGAAAAAGUUUAUUUACUUCCGGUGAAGAGUUCAUCUGCCUCUGAAUGAUAAAGUAGUAGAUAAAAAGCUGCAGAGAUGGAGUCCAGUGAGGAUGGUGGCCUCAGUGUCGGGGGCUCUGUGGGAGAGGAGAACUACUUCCUGGGAUACACAUUCACCGACCGCUCCCACUCGAGUCGAGUGGUGAAGAGCAUCAUGGACCUGUGCCUGGAGGACGGCCUGUUUGCUGAUGUCACCAUCACCGUGGACAGCAAAGAGUUUCACCUGCACCGCCUGGUGCUUUCAGCUCAGAGCAGUUUCUUCCGCUCGAUGUUCACCUCCAACCUCAAAGAGUCCCACAACCGCGCUAUUGAGCUGAAGGACGUGAGCGCCACUGUCUUUCAGCUGCUGGUGGACUACAUCUACCACGGUACGAUCAAACUGAGGGUGGAGGAGCUGCAGGACACCUAUGAGAUGGCAGACAUGUACCAGCUGACUGCUCUGUUUGAAGAAUGCUCCCGCUUUCUGUCACGGACAGUGGAGGUCAAGAACUGCUUACAGGUCAUGUGGCUCGCUGACAGACAUAGUGACCAGGAGCUGUAUACUGCUGCCAAGCACUGUGCUAAGAUCCAUCUGGCUCAGUUGCAUCAGACUGAAGAAUUUCUCAAUCUGCCCCUCUGUCUGCUCUUGGACAUCAUCAAAGACGGUGUUCCCAGUUCCCAGAAUCCAACAGUGGCCAUCGACUCGUGGAUAAACCACAACAAAGUUGAGAGGGAGGAGUUUUCUUGUAUCCUCCAGGAAAAUCUUAAGGAAAUUGGCGAGAAUGUCCACAUUUACCUGAUCGGUAAAGAGGAGACGAGGACUCACUCCUUGGCCGUGUCGCUGCACUGCGACGAGGACGACGCGAUCAGCGUGAGCGGCCAGAACAGCUUAUGCCACCAGAUCACUGCAGCCUGCAAACACGGAGGAGACCUGUAUGUGGUCGGGGGCUCCAUCCCGCGCCGCAUGUGGAAGUGCAACAUGCACACGAUGGACUGGGAGCGCUGUGCACCACUGCCCAGAGACCGCCUGCACCACACCAUGGUGUCCGUGUCCUCUGAGGACGCCAUCUACUCGCUGGGAGGUAAAACGCUGCAGGACACGCUCUCCAAUGCUGUCAUAUACUACACAGUGAAGGACAACAUGUGGACAGAGACCAGCCAGCUGGACACUGCCGUGUCUGGGGCGGCUGGCGUUAAUCUGGGAGGCACCAUCUAUUUACUCGGGGGGGAAGAGAACGACAUGGACUUUUUCACGAAGCCGUCCCGUCUCAUUCAGUGCUUCGACACCUCGUCGCAAAAGUGCCAGAUCAAACCUUACAUGCUUCCGUUUGCGGGCUGCAUGCACGCUGCGGUCCACAUGGACGUGAUUUUCAUCGUGGCAGAAGGAGACUCCCUGGUGUGCUACAACCCUCUGCUGGAGAGCUUCACCCGUCUGCGCUUCCCUGAAGUGUGGAGCUGCGUUCCUUCACUGUGGAAGGUGGCCAGCUGUAAUGGCUGCAUAUACGUGUUCAGGGACAAAUGUAAGAAAGGUGAUGCAAAUACUUUAAAGUUUAACCCGGCCACGUCCGUCGUUUCCGUUAUCAGAGGCAUAAAAAUCCUCCUCACAAACUGGCAGUUUGUUUUGGCGUAACCUGUCCUCCGGAUGUUCACACCGUGGUCCACACACUCCGCAGACAAUCAGGGAAGACUGCUGGAAAACUUAACAUGACUUCACUCUUCAGACAUCCUGCCCCAAAUGUAUUUACUCAGCUGUGUAACUCACUCCAUUCAGACUUUACCACCAACCCAGUGACAACAGUUCAGUUCAGGGGCACGUGUCACUUGCUUGUAUUACAGUGUGUCUCGUUGUGGAUCCCUUAACAGAAAAGUCCUACAAUUCGUGGUGAUGCUGUAACCAGUGAUGAACUAAUCUAUUUACUAAUUAAUCGUUUAUCGACACGCAUGUACGGCUUUAGUGUGAACAUCAAACGUCCUUCAGUGUAUUUUGUGUUUAUUAUUGUACUGACUGUAUCACGAUGUCGUAGACUGAAUAUCCUCACAUUCUGCAUCAGUGUGUGUAAACAUGAUAACAGAAGAUGUUUUCUAACUUUUCAAUUUUUCACCGUCCCUUGUCUUAAGAUUGUAUUUUUUGAUGUACAUGUUUGACUCAAACUGUUAAUUAUAUCGCUGUAGCUGGAAA